AAAAUGAUCAGAGGGUGCACACAUUUGUUCAUACCACUGUUCUUAUGUUCCCCACUGUAUAUUGCACGGAGAGGUAGAACUCGAGUAGAGAAUGUGAUUUAACCCUUUCUGCACCUCUAGAUUAAUAUGACCUUGACAUAUCAGAAUAUUUUUGGAGGGGAUCAAAUUAUUGGUGGCACUUUUGUAAUGGCUGGAUUUUGAUGGGGCCACAUCACUUCCAUCCAUGCUAAUUCUACUCAUAUGUUAAGCCCACCAUUCAAGAUAUUGACCAAUUUUCAAACAAAAGUUUAUUACAUUUACGUAAAAGUUGCAUAGUCAGUCUAUAUAGUGAUGCAAUGUGCACAAAUAAGUCCAAAUCAGCAUGAUGAAAUGUGCACAUGUGAACUUCUGACUUGAAAUCAACAUGUUUCCAAGAAAUAAAGUCUGAUUAGGAGAAAAGUGUAAAAUCAAAGGAGGAAGUAUUAGAAGUUUGAGGAAGUGAAAUUAGCUCCAAAACAGGCCUCUAAAAGUGUGGGAAAGCCCAGAGUAAGAGUAUAAAAAAGGCUGCAUUCAAUCACAGCUUCAUUCACACAGCUGUCUGAGCAGAAACAACAUCUGGAUCAUCAUCCAUCACCAGUCUUCAGAACAGGAGAGAAAUGAAGUCUGCUGCAGCUUUCGCUGUUCUCGCUUGUCUGGUUAUGAUCAGUGUAGAAGGACAGAAGACCAGUGUGCAGAGAUGUUUGUGUAAAGGCGAGGUGAACAUGGUUCGUGUGCAGCGCAUCGAGAAGAUUGAAGUUUAUCCUGCAAGUCCUUCUUGCGACAAUGUGGAAAUUGUUGUCACACUGAAGAACGGCGCAGGGCAAAAAUGUUUGAACCCAGAAUCCAACUUUGCUAAGAAUUACAUCAAGAGAGCCAUUAAGAAAAGGAGUGCCCAGUAAAACAUGGUGGUGGAAGAACAAGACAACAACACAGCACUGGAUAUGUUUAUUAUGUAUAGGUGUAUGUAUAUAUGCAUGUAUGUAUGUAUAUCAUAAUGUAAAAACACACAUAUAAAACUAAAAAAAAUAAUAUAUAAAGAAGCAGUUUUGUUAAGCUGUAAAAAUCGGCAGCUAUUUUUGUAUACAGCUGUGUUUUGUAAAAUGCAUAUUUAAUAUAUAUAUUUUCUGAAAAUGUUUAACCUUUAUUAUUUAUCUUUUUUAAAUGCUUUUCUCAUUUUAAUGUUUGUACUUCUGUAAAUAUGUGAAAUAAA